AUGCGUUCACCAUACUCAACCAACUCACAAUUUUCUUCCAACCGGAAUUCAUACUUGCCCAGGGGCGUCGGUUCCUCGCAUCAAGGAGUCGUGACCAACCUGGAGCAGCAGGAUCCCAACCAAUUAAGCCCUAUCUCACCCGAUCAGCAAACCUCGCAACCACUGCAACCACAACCGCCGACAUCCCGGGACACGGGCUCAAGCCGACUGAAACGGCGAGCUUCCCAAGGAUCCCUUCUCACAAAACCAUCUCCCGUCUCUCGGUUUCUCUCCAAGAGCAACGCCUCCCUACAUCUCUCCUCCUUUGAAAAACUCGGCCUCUCCGCGAAAUCCGCCGGUCGAAUCGAAUCGCGGACGCAAUCGGAGGAACCUCCUCGCUUCUCUUCCUCUUCGACGGCAUCGAGUUCGCUGGCGGCUCGAGCAACCCAGUCCUCCUCCACUGUUUGGGAUCUGAACCAAGGCGAUUACCCGGCCACUCUCCCUCCCACCCCUCCGGAAGACGAAGAGAACAUAGCGUGGAAUCCCAAAUCCGGCAUGUUAUUGUUCGAACCUCAUAUGACCCGGGAGCCUGGGCCCAUGCCCAUGGACGAGGGCCCCAACAUGGACAACACCCCCACAGGAGCCUCUUCGGAUAGUCUCGGCAGCCCAUCCGACCAGAUGUCGAAUGUCUCGCCUUCCAGCUCGGGAGGAAGCCCGGGGUCAUCCGGUGAAAUGGACUGUGACCACAACACAUGGUUGGAGAAUGGUAUCGACGCAGCGGUAUCGUCGUUGCCGUACUCAAACGCCCGGGGUGAAGCCGUCAAAAUUGUCUCGCAAAUGCUUCCCUAUCCACGGCCUGCCGAUAAAUCCGUCCCCACGAGCGAGGAUGUCUUCGGUGGCUUGAUCCAAGCCGUUCAGCAUCGACUGCAACACGGACAGUCGCCCUAUAUCAACAUCACCCACGCCGUUCCGGAGCAAUUCAGCCUCUCAAACCUACCUUGCUCUCCUCCCAACACCCCCCGAUCCAUGUUCCCGGCGGACGACUACUUCAACUCGACCGUCUUCUCCAGUGCGGCCGUUGUAUCCGCCUAUCACGAUUUCCGAGGCCCUAUCAAGCCCAAGGCCUCCCACUUCCCGAUGCCGAUCGUCCCGCCGUUCAGUGUACAUAUCUCGGUUCUGGAACGGUAUCUCCCGCCAUCAUCGGCACAGGAAUAUAAGGAUAUUUUCCAACCCCACCGACCGUCGUUUUUGGUGGAUCGGUUGUGUGAGCUGUCCCCCGAUGGCGGCUCGCUAUUAUUCAUCUACCCCACAAGAAGGGGUGGUUCGACAUUUAAGUCACAAUAUCUAGGGCCCAUCCUCGACCCUCUCCUGCGGCAGCUUGUGGUGGUCAACGAACUGUCCGCCGAUAUCGGACGAUAUCUGGGCAAGAUGGCCUCGGUCUCGUAUAUGGAAGACUUCGACACCAUGCAAAAUAAUCUGGCCCAGUUAUGUGAAAGCCUGAGCUCGUCGACCUCGCGGUUCAGCAUUGCUGAUGCCCGGAAAGGCAGUGCCCAUCCGGAUCGCAAUGUAUGGACCGAGUGGUAUAUUCACCAGGAGAAGACACGGAUGAAGGAGGUGCUCAGCCUGUACUGGCAGAACGGCCGCCGGCUCCCCGCCAGCAAGUCGGUGUCGAACCAAACCACGAAUUAUAUGUUGCAAGACAAGGAAGUGACGUCAGCCAUGUUGCUGGGUGAAAUCCUUGAUGGAAUCCGGAAGCGACCCUAUGGCGAAGAGAUCGAGCCUCGUGAUGGAAUUGAACUCGGGGUGUUUGUGAUUCGUCGGUCCCACUAA